CAGCUUUAUCGCGGUGCACCGAAGUGAUCGGGACUGAGGGAAAGACUUUAGCGCCGCAUCUCCCAUCCGUUUCCCCUGACUUCGAGCGGAGACUUUAACUGAACAAGCGGGAAGUUUGCGCCGAUUUACAGGGUUUCAGCCGUGAAGUUUCUCGGUACUUCUUUUUGACACGUUCGGAGCGGCUCGGAGUGUCUAUACGAGCCGCUGGCUGCUAGCCUCGGUUACCGCUGAUCAACAUGGUGGCCUGCUGGUGAGGAGAAUCCGGGAGCUCCGUGAGGGGGAACUUUCAGUAACUCCAUCCGCAGCCCGAACCCUUUGCGGCGGCAGACACCAAGGCUCCGGAGACGCUGCCUUCCCGGUGGUGGUUUUAUCCGCGUGUUUGUUUGGUUUCUGUGGCUCAAACGGCGGUUCGUGGCCGUUAAAAGAACUUGUUCUGUGGACCGUGGGUAAUUGGAGUUAGCCUGAAAAAGUUCCCAUCAGACCGCCUGAAAGUUUCUCGACACGUUUUAAACCACACAGGAAAACCGCAAAGAAUUAAUUUAAGCAUUUCUAUGUUUAUUUUCUUUAAUGACGGCUGCUGAUGAUUUGGUGAGCAAGUGCAACCUCUUGGACCAUUUCCAUCCCCUGAAAUAUAUUUUUUUAAGGUUCUCUCUCUGGAUUAUUAUUCUAGAUUGUGGCAUAAUCCGAACCGCAGCAGGCCUGUUGAUUUGGAAGUAAAUAUCUGUUUUUCGUUGUUGUUGAUAAUGAUGAUGAUGAUGAUGAUAAUGGUGGUGAUGACAGAGAAAAGCGAUGGUGUCCCUUCCUUAUGAUUCAGCCUAGAGAAGAGCUAAUUACAUGGAUACUCGCCUGACAUGCCGAGGAAGGAGUUGCCACUACCACACGGUUGGGAGGAAGCCAAAGACUUUGAUGGGAAAAUCUACUACAUCAACCACAUUGAAAAGACCACCAGCUGGAUCGACCCGAGAGACAGGCAGACAAAGCCUCUGACGUUCGCUGACUGCAUCGGAGAUGAGCUGCCUGUGGGUUGGGAGGAGGCUUACGACCCCGUCGUCGGAGCGUACUAUGUCGACCACAACAACAAGCGGACCCAGCUGGAAGAUCCACGUGCCCAGUGGCAGCGGGAGCAGGAGGCCAUGCUCCGAGACUACCUGGCUGUGGCCCGAGAUGCACUCAGCGCACAGAAGGAGAUCUUCCAGGUGAAGGAGCAGCGGCUGCAGCUGGCACAGCAGGAGUACCGGCAGCUCAAUGAUGCUUGGAGGGACAAGUCCACAUCACAGACGAGCCUAAAUUCCAGGUCGUCCUCAUCCAGCAAAUAUGACCCAGAUAUCCUCAAAGCGGAAAUUGCCACAGCCAAAAGUCGAGUGAACAAGCUGAAGCGGGACUUGGCCUGUAUGAAGCAAGAGCUGCAGUACAAAGAGCAAGGCUUCGAGACGCUCAUAGAGAUUAAUCAGAAAGUAUCCAACAGCCCCUCCGGCUACAAGCUGCAGGAUGCGCAGGCCAUAAUCAACGAGGUCCGCUCUAUUCGAGACGCCAUCAGCUCUGGAGAGAAAGAGAAGCAGGAGCUCAUGCAGAAACUGGCUGUGUUGAAGGACAACUUCCGGCUUAAUUCUGGCUCCCAACAGGAGCUGUGGGGCAGCAGUCCGUCACUCGCCAACUCCGAGACUUCCAUCCCUCACCUCUACUCUGACGUUGGAUCCCAAACCGACCUCCCAGCUGAGUUUACGACCAGCAGCAAUAUACUGGCAGAGAAAGUUUGUCUGAGCCUGAAGUACGAUGAGGCAAAGAGAAGGAUCGCUAGUGUCGAGGUGCAGAUCGCCAAACUGGACAGAGAGGCAUGGCCGGGGCUGCUGGACCCGGAGCAGGACCGCCUUAUCCUCAUCAACGAGAAGGAGGAGCUGCUGAAGGAGCUGCAGUACGCCAGCCCACUGAAGCGGCUGGAGCCCAAUGAUGCUGAGAAGCUGGAGACAGAGAAGAAACGCCUGGAGAGAGACCUGCAGACUGCCAGAGACAACCAGAGCAAGGCACUGUCCGAAAGGCUGCGACUCCAUUGCAGAAGAAGCGAGUUGGUGCGGGAGCUGGAGGAGACGGUUCGACUGGCCACAUCUUUGCAGACGCAGCUGAGGAGCCUGUCGGCCAGCACUCUGUCCUGUUCAUCUGGCAGUAGCCGCGGCUCGCUGGCAUCCAGCCGGGGCUCGCUGGUCACCACAUCCAGCCUUGGGUCUGCCUCCUCCCUCAGCUUCACCGAACUCUACCUGGAGCAGCCCGAGCUGGCCGACCCGGACCUGCGCAGCAAGCUGGACAGCCUCCUGCAGGACAGCGGCCCGGUCGGCUACCGGCCCUCCAGCUCCAUCACCACCAUCCACGAGCAUGAGGUGGUGAUGGGCUGCGGCCAGCGCGGUGCUGAGCAGUCCGAUAAUGCCGGGCCAGGCGGCGCCGAGUCUUCCCGGGUCCAGGCCCUUAGGCUGUCCGAAACGCCACGCUCCAUGAACUCGUUGUCUCCGUGUUCAUCUCUAUCGUCGCUGUCGCCACCAUGCUCCCCGCUGGUUUCAGACACCGCAUUCCUGUCAGGGGAGGCAGGGCCCGGCGGGAUUGGACUGGACCUGGAGCUGCGCAGCAGGCUGGCAGAGCUGGAGCUGGACCCUGAGGAGCAGCGGAGAAAGCAGCUGGAGGACAAGCAGAACCUCAACAAUAUUCUUGUAGACGAGGGCAAAGGUGCUCAGAUUCAAGGGGUGGAGCCAAAGAAAAUGGGCGUGACCUCAGCUGUAUCCGAUGAGUCAGUAGCCGGUGAUAGUGGAGUUUACGAACCAUCAGAACGCAAGCCGGGCCUCCCUACAGAACUCGUCCUGAGGUCCUAUGAGGACCAGUCUGCAUCCAGCUGCUGCCAGGUCCAGCUCGGCUUCCGCUACGAAUCCAGAGACCAACGGUUCAUCAUCUCUAUCAUACAGCUGUCCAACUGCAGUGCCCUCCUUAUGCCGGCUGAUCAGAAAAUCCAUGUCCGCGUGGCGGUGCUGCCGCCCGUUCAGGCCACCCGCUGUCUCUUCCGAACACAAGGCCUGCUUCCUCAGGACGUGCUGGCCAUCAACGAAGUGUUCGGCAUGCAGACGUCACACAACGGAUUGCGGCAGAAGACCCUCAGGGUUGACAUUUGUAACACCAGCAAGUCAGGCCAUGAGGAGUGUCUGGCCGGUGCCAAGAUUGACUUGGCUGAUGUCAGCUGUUCAGAGGAGCGAUGCACCAAAUGGUACAACCUGCUGAGUCGCCUCCACUUGUCUGAGAUUAACAACAAGAACAAGGAAACAAGAGCACAGGGCAGCUCUGGCAGGACAUACAAAGGAGUCCAGCCUCCUGGGACUAAUAAAUGGCAAGGCGAUCCUCUUGAGAUAGACAUGUCUGAUGAAGAGGAAGAAGAAAAUGAUGAGGAGAGUGUGGAAACUCAGGAUGAAGAGGAAGAGUUUUACCCUGACAACAUUCAAUGGGUUGGAGAAAAAGAGGAGAAUGAAGGAGAGCAGAAGAUGGCCAAAUCCACUCUGACGGCACCCAUCACUGAGAAGGUCAACAAAGAGACAAGCAUUGACAAUUUGUCAGCAUGUCCUCAGUGGUCGGUGGUUCGACCCAAGGAGCACUGUCCUGACUUCCACCAGCAGAACCUCUUUAUGAGGGGCAACACCAUCAUCCGAUCGAAGACUUUCUCCCCUGGACCUCAGAGCCAAUAUAUUUGCAGGAUUAAUCGCAGCGACAGCGACAGCUCCACACUGUCCAAGAAGUCUUCAUUUGUUAGAAAUGCCUCAGAAAGACGCAGUGUGCGCAUGAAAAGGCAGCCUGCAGUGCAGGUGAAAGGUCUGGAUGGUCUCCUCCGCACUGCCCUGGACCUGGAGCUGGACCUGCAAGUGUCCCGGACACGGCAGGCCCGGCUGACCCAGGAGCUGCGAGUUCUGCGGGAGCUGAAGAUGCAGCUGGAGAAGGCAAUGCAGCAGGGACAGAGGGACCUGCCUGCCUGGGUCCAAGAGGACGAACGCUUCUGUCUGCUCCUCAAACAGGCUGAAAAACAAACUCGAGAGGAACAGCUGCAAGAGAAACGGGUAGAGAAGAUGAUGAAGGCAGCAGCCAAGGACGUCCACAAGAUCAGAGGACAGAGUCGAAAGGAGCUCUGUGAGAUCCAGACCUUUAGAGAGAAGAUUGCGUUUUUGACGCGAGCAAAGACCAGCAUCCCGGACUUGCCGGCCGACAACGUGUAGAGAAGCAUUUCAAAGUAUCUUUCUCCUCUGAACCUGUUGGCCCCCGCACACCCUUGCAGGGUGAACUCUCGCUGGUGUUGUGAAGAGUUAAAAACACAUUGGACACAAAAAAAAGGCCACUCAAAACAGUGAAGAAAAACAUGAGUAGUGCAGCUUCUCAUAUGGAUAGUUCUGUACAUGUAAGAUGGCUCUGGAGCUCCUCCAUCUUUAUUUGCUGUUUUGUUUCUGUUACUAACCACCUGGUUUUAGUUGUUUGAAGUCAUUCCACAAAAAAAGUCUCAGACUUUUAUACUAAACGCACACGAGUAAUGAACAUACGUAGCGCAAAAUUAAAUCAAUAAUGGUACUAGAGUUCAGUUUACACUGAUGACAAAUCGAAACAAAUCUGAAAAAUAUUUCAUUUUCACACUUUAUUGUAUAUGCAAACACAAAAGCACAGUGUUUCUUUUUUGUCUUUAUUAUGUUUUUGCUGCAGACGUGAAGAAAACAUCUCUGUGUAUGAUUUUGAAAGCCUUCUGCUUGGUGCGUCAUGUUUAUGCUAAGUGAAAGUUUUAAUCCUUUUGCCCCCAAAACUACAACUCCCAAGGUGCAUUUCAGCAAGAAACAUUCUGGCACAAGAUCUAAAGUUUCUCUUAAGUAGCAUUACAACUUUUGUUUGGUCUUUGUGAGCUCCUGAUAGUUUGUUCUAGAGUUGUUGCUAAGAGGGAUCCGAUUUUAGGUAUCAGAAGAGGUUUUUCACAUUAAAUUCAGUUAAGGCCUGAAUAUUGUUUUUGUUUUUCUAUGAUAACUGUUAUAAACAUGCAAUUUUUCCUAACAUGUAAAUGCUGCAUUUUUCUUUGGGCACAAGAGAGGUGGUGAUUCUAUUGGCAAAAAUUACUUAGGACAUUAUUUUAGGAAUGUGACAAUAUUCAUUCAAACUUUUGCAGUUAAAACAAUCAGAUAAAAAUAUUCAGUGAAAGCAGCAGGUUUAUGUAAUUUGGAAAUCCCAGUGUUGUGGUUAUUAAAGUAGACUUGAUGAAUCCUUGAACACCUGCAAUUACCGCAUUUGCCCACAGGUAUCACCAAAUUAUGUGGAUUAAAACUCUCAUUUCUUCAGUAGAAUCUGUCAUUUUUACUUAAAGCAAGCAGCAUUUUAGAUGAUUGUAGAACAUUACACCCAACUGAGAGAGGAAAACUAGAGGUUAUUCGGACGUUACAGACACAGUCUUGGAAAAAUAAGCAUUUUGUCAAUUCAAUUAUCUAACCAGUUCAGCAAAAUGUAGAAACAAGACUAACUCACUAACACUGAGGUAGUUUAUUGGUUAGUCUGCACUUUAUGAAGCUAGGAGAAAAAAAAAACACAAAAGGAACCUUGAUCUGAUGUUUUCAAGAAGCCUCUUCUUCAUGCUGCAUGAUUAUUGAUUGUUGAAACAUGCAGGAAGUGAAGAUCAAAAUAUAUUUUUGAUUACUGUGAAUUGUCUGUUUGUUCACAAAAGAAAAAAAUCUUCCAGUCAGCCCAUAGGGACAUAAAGGCUUCUCUUUAGAGACUUCUUGUUUCUUUCUGACUAUUUUGUUUUGGUCAAGUUUUAUCAGUCUUAACUUUCGGCUUCAUCCUGCCAUGUUUCCCUACUAUAACUGGAGUAUUUAUGUACAUAUCACUCUGAUGUGUUUUAUAACUGGAAGUAAAAAUGUUUUGCACCAAUAUAAUAAGCAUAUCAACUUUUUAUUUUUCUGGCCCAACAGAGUUUUAAAUUAACCAUUAAACGCCUCUUUACUGCAGCUCUUUCAGCUUGUUUAGGUUUUACAGCCCACACCGUUAGGGUUUUUGAUCUCGUCAUUGGUUGCCUGUUUUACUGUUUACACAAAAAUUAAAGAAAAAUUAAAUUAAGGAUGUUUUUGUUGUUGUGGGGUUCUUUAGAGUAGUUAUCUGCAGAAGGCAAAAACUUAACUGAAGUGUGUGAGGAAAGAUUGUCAUGCUUCAGUCAUUUGAAUGGAUGGAUUAAUGGAUGUCAGAAUGACUGAUUUAAUUGUAUUUUUAUAUUCGAAAGGGACAUGCACAUGAAUUAACAUUUGCAACAGGUAGAGAUGCAAAUAUGCCAGAUUUAGUAGAAUUUUCCAAAUUUUUGUCCAUUGUCCCUGAGCAGGUAACAUUUUACAAAUUCAGUUGAAACAUUAAUUCAUGUAUAAAUAAAUGAAGAGUAAAAUGAUGCAAUAGCAUAAAGUAAAUGGAAUAAAAUGGUUGGUGCUGAGUGCAUUUUGCAAUUUGAUUGGAUGGAUGGUAAAUUGAUUAAUUGCAUGGAUGAAAAAUUGUGGAUAGCUUGAUGAUAAACUGGAUGGAUGGUAAAUUAGAUGGAUAGUUAAGUGAAAAAUUAAUUGAUGAAUGGGUGGGUAGUAAAUUGGAUGGAUAGCAACUUUCUUGCAAUACUGAGCAAAAAAAAAUUGGGAUGGGCCAAAAUCAGAAACUGCAAAUUAGGCUCUUUAAAAGAUCAGUAAUCGGCGAUCGGCCAGAAAACUUCAAUAUGUGAACUCCUAUAAAUUUGGUAGAUGGAUGGAUGAUAAAUUGGAUGGUUGAAUUGUAAAUUGAUUGAUUGGAUUGAUGGGUAGCGAAUUCAGUUAAAGUCCUAUCCUAAAUAGACAUGAUCUUGAGAGAUUUUCUCUGUUUUCUAGAAACUCACUGCAGGUCCUGAGCCUAUAACUGCUCUACAUAUCCUUCCUUUAAUCAACCACAACUUUCUCUCCAGCUAAGGAGCAGCCUAACAUCUACUAGAAUCUUCUGCUAGUGAACCCAAAUACUGUCUGCUGCCCUAUAGUUAAAACUUCAUGCCUUGCUGCUACAGUCAUUCCAGAUGGUUUCCUCUGACCCCAGCUUUUAGAUGAACUGCAUUGAAGAAUUGAAAACAUAUUUAGAUCCUGUAAAUGUUUUCAGUUCAUAUCAGAACUUAAAUAUUUCCACUCUGUUAUGAUGAAAUUCAGAAGUGUUAAAUGUCUUCAGUCAGUCCUGUUCCUCCUCACAGGAAAAUAAGACCUUAUCCUUGUCUUCCUCACUGAAGUUCUUUUUUUUAAUUUACUUUUUAACCACAAAAAGGUUUGUUUUCUGAAUAUGUUCAGUGUCGUAAAUGAACCUAUGAAACAAACAAACUUAUAACUGAACCAGGAUGAAGGAAUGUUGGCUUUCCCAAGGAAUCACAGUAAAUAUGUAGCUUUUGUAUAAUUGCAACUUUUUUCGGUCUCUCAUUUGAUUAUGAUUUUGUUUUCCAAUAGUCCAUAUUAUGACUGCUGAUGAUGUGUUUGCUGACGACUAUGACAACCAUAUGGCGUGUAUUUAUUGCACUUUUGUGAUUUAGGUGUGCUGUUUUCCCCUCCAGUUUUGUUCUUUUUAUCAAAAGUCCAGGAAAAGCUGUGAAUUUUAUUCUCAGACACUGUAACUGUUCAUAAAAAUUGUAAAUAUUUCACCAGCACAAAAAACGAACAUGGUAGACAAAACACAAACACUAAGUUUUGUAGUUUCACAACAAAAAUAAAAAAAUUAUCUUAUAAUUGAA